AUGGAAAAUAUUAACAACAUCACUGAAUUUGUUCUUUUGGGACUUUCCCAGAAUAAGAAGAUUAGACACUUGCGCUUUCUACUCUUCUUAUUUUGCUACAUAGGUAUUUGGAUGGGAAACUUGCUCAUAAUGAUUUCGAUCACAUGCAGUCAGCUCAUUGACCAACCCAUGUAUUUCUUCCUCAAUAAACUUGCCCUCUCAGAUCUGUGUUAUACCUCAACGGUGGCACCCAAGCUAGUUACCAUCUUGCUGGCAGAAAGUAACAUGAUUUCUUACACCAGCUGUAUGACACAGCUUUUUGUCAUGCACUUCUUCGGGGGGAUUGAAGUCUUCAUCCUCACAGGGAUGGCCUAUGACCGCUACGUAGCCAUCUGCAAGCCCCUGCACUAUGCCGCCAUCAUGAACAGGCGGAGGUGUUAUGCCAUCGUCAUUGCUAGCUGUACUGGGGCAUUUCUGCAUUCUUUCAUCCAAUGUCUCCUUACCAUCAGUUUACCUUUCUGUGGCCCCAAUGAAAUAGAUCACUACUUUUGUGAUGUGUACCCUUUGCUGAAACUGGCCUGCACAGAUGCCUAUAGAGUUGGGAUCCUCGUGGUUGCCAAUUCAGGCGUGAUGGGUUUGGUGACAUUUGUGGUCUUGGUGCUGUCUUACUUACUGAUAUUAUACACCCUUAGGGCUUACCCUGCAGAGAGCCUCUCCAAAGCUCUUUCCAUCUGCACUUCCCACGUCACAGUCGUGCUUCUGUUCUUUGUGCCCGUUCUCUUCAUUUACAUUCGACCGGCUAUGACUUUUCCGGAAGACAAAGUGUUUGCUCUUUUCUACACCAUCAUUGCGCCCAUGUUCAACCCUCUGAUCUACACGUUCAGAAACACAGAGAUGAAGAAUACCUUGAGGAAAGUGUGGUGCCAGAAACUGUGUUUGAGUGGAAGGCAAAUCAUUAUAUAG